AAUGCUCAUACUGUACAUAGUAGCCAUGGCAGAUAGCACAGCAAUAAAACAUCAGUGGAUUAAAGGGAACAAAAAGAGAAACAGAUGGACCAGCAUGGUCAGAGGAGAGAAAUAUGUACAUCAAUAUCUUUUGAAAUCACCCAUUCAUGUCAAUAUUAGUAAAGCAUGAAAUGAAUUAUUACUGUAUAUGAAUGUGUGCAUUAUUAAUGUCAGCCAUGUGACUUUUAGCAUGAAACACAUUUGCAUUCUCUGUUAGAAUAUGAAGGGAACCCAGAUGGAUUAUGUAGAAAUUCUGAUAUAUUUUGAAACGUUUAAUUUACUAUUUUAUCAGGCCAUAUGGGAUCCAAAGUUAUUGAAAACAUAAUUGUAAAAAAGGCCAUGUAGCUGUUCAUAUUUCCCCCUGAUAUCUCCUGUGUCUGAUCAUGCUCUGUACGCGUGAGCUCGGUGUGCCCGCACUGCGCGUGCACGCGAACGCAGCAGUGAGUGAGACCUGCAGGUGACGUCAGAGCUGAUCCUACCUCGGGUCACGGUGACGUCUAACGGACAUCUCUCUGAGUGUGUGCGUCAACGGAUGGGUCAGCUGCUGGUGUGGGAGUGGCAGAGCGAGUUGUUCGUCUUCAAGCAGCAGGGACACUUUAACAACGUGGCCUCGCUGGCUUACUCACCUGAUGGACAGCACAUCGUAACAGGAGGCGACGAUGGCAAAGUCAAAGUGUGGAACACCAACAGUGGCCUUUGCUUCGUCACCUUCACAGAGCACACCAGCAGCGUCACCAACGUCACCUUCACCUCCAGUGGCUUCGUCAUCGUCAGCGCUUCUCUGGACGGGACAGUCCGAGCGUUCGACCUGCACAGGUACCGAAACUUCCGGACGUUCACGUCGCCUCGCCCUGCGCAGUUCUCCUCCCUCGCAGUAGAUGUCAGUGGAGAGCUGGUGAGCGCAGGAGCCCAGGAUUCCUUUGAGAUCUUUCUCUGGUCCAUGCAGACAGGCAGACUGCUGGAGGUCCUUUGGGGCCAUGAGGGUCCAGUCAGCUGCCUGUGCUUCAGUCCAGUCCAGUCCAUCCUGGCCAGCGCCUCAUGGGAUCGCACCAUCCGGCUGUGGGACAUGAUGGACAGCUGGCAGGUCAAGGAAACACUUCCACUAACCUCUGAUGGCCUGUCAGUGACUUACCGCCCUGACGGUCAAGAGUUGGCCGUGGCCACUCUGAACGGUGAGAUCUCUUUCUGGAACCCCCACACAGCCACACAAAGCGGCUCGGUGGCUGGACGCCACGACCUGCAGAUGGGCCGCAAAGAGACCGAUAAAAUCACAGCCAAGCAGUCAGCCAAGGGCAAGUCCUUCACGUCGCUGUGCUACUCUGCGGACGGGGAGUCUAUUUUGGCAGGAGGCCAGUCCAAGUUUGUCUGCAUCUACAACGUCAAGGAGCAGAUGCUCAUGAAGAAGUUUGAGAUCUCUUGCAACCUGUCCUUCGAUGCCAUGGAGGAGUUCCUGGACCGUCGGAAGAUGACAGAGUUCGGCAGCCUGGCGCUGGUGGAUGAGGGAGCUGGAGACGGAGACAGCGUCAACAUCAGCCUCCCUGGAGUCAGGAGAGGUGAUAUGAGUUCCCGACACUUCAAGCCAGACAUCAGAGUCAGCUCGCUGCGUUUCUCCCCUACUGGUCGUAGCUGGGCCGCCACCACCACCGAGGGCCUGCUGGUCUACUCCCUUGAUGGAUCUCUAGUCUUUGACCCCUAUGACCUCGACCUUGACGUGACGCCGGCCAGCAUACGCAAGCAGCUGCGGCUCCAGGAUUGGGCGUUUGCCAUCGUUCUGGCGUUCAGACUCAAUGAAAAAGCCCUCAAGCAGGAAGUGCUGGAAACAGUGCCGCAUGAUAAGAUCCGAGUGGUUUGUGGUUCUCUUCUGGACAUUUACGUUGAGAAGUUGCUGGGCUUUGUGGCGGCGUGCUUGGAGAAGUCGGGUCACCUGCAGUUCUACAUGACCUGGGCCCAGAGCCUGCUCAUGCUGCACGGACAGAAACUCAAGAACAGGUGUGACUUUAACAUGUACAACAUUCGUUAUGCCGUGGCCCUGUCCAAGCAGAGGGGCAUGAAGAGAGCAGCUGAGGAGGAUGAGGGGGUCGAGGAGGAGGAUGAAGAGGAGUUGUCUGAGGAGAUGAGCGAGGCGUCCGUGGAGGAUGCAGAGAUGAUGCUGUAGGCCUGACCUCAUUCCAACAACAUCGCCACAAAUGGAGAAUAAUAAUGUUGGACUGUCAAAGCAAACAGAUUUAUAUGUUCUUUAAAAAAUGAUUGUAAACUGUUUUUUCAUUAAAUUCAUGUGUAAAUGUG